CAUUAAGUGCAUGUGCACUGUGAGGAAAGUCGCGCCAUUACCUCGUUUUAAUACAAUUAGGUGAGACGUUCUGUUAGGUGAGACGUUCGGUCUGAAACAAACAACAUACACUACAGUGUAUGUGAUAGAGCAGACAGAGGACAGUACGGGAAUAGCGUUUUUGCCACAGUCAGUUUGUUAUUCAUUUUCGCAACACUUGAUAUAAGUCUGUGUUUAAAAUGGAUGACUUGGACGGAAUCAUCGAUGCCCUACCAAUCAAAUUCGACUUCAAACUUCGGGAAAGACAGAAAAAUGUCAUACAGCUCCUACUGAAAAAGAAGGAUGUCCUUGCCAUAUUGCCAACGGGGUCAGAAAGGAGUGCCAUCUUUGCUUUGAUGCCUCUCAUUCACGAUAAGCUGACUCCAGAGGGCAGGAAUCAUACUGCAAUUGUGAUAUCACCGCUGAGGGCGCUGAUGACGGAGCAAGCAAACAGAUGGUUCAAUGCAGGCAUAAACACUUGUUGCAUUUUGCCAGAGAUGAAAGACGAGGAAAAAACUGCAAUUAUGCAGAAGGGCGCCUCCCUCGUUUUUGCAUCACCAGAGGCCUUACUAGAUGAUGACCAACCAUGGAGACAGUUGUUGAGAACAUAUAGGAAGCACGUUUGCCUCCUUGCCUUCGAUGAAGGUCACUGCAUUGCUCAAGAGGGCGAACCAGACAGUGGCAUAUACAACUACAACUACGUUGAAGAACUUCGUGGGAUACUGACAGAUGUUCCAACAUUAGUUAUGACGGCAACAUUACCAGCAGAACAACGAAGCAACGUUCUGAAGAUUCUACAUCUUAAUCCCAAAGAUACCACAACUGUUGCCCAAAACCCAGACAGACCCAACGUAUUCCUCAAGUUUGUUGAGAGGAACAAGCCGGGUCAGGAAGGUGGCAAUGUGCCGAAGUGGCUGCAGGACUAUGUGGAGGAAUUGCAACAACAAGGUACCAAGGCACCCAAGGCGAUCAUGUAUUGCAGACACAUCAACACAGUUACUAGGAUCUGGGGCUACAUGAUGGCCUCACUUGGGCAGAGGGCUUGGGUUACUCCUGGAUCUAAAAAACCCUCCGACCUCAUUGUCGAAAUGUAUCAAUGCGGCAUGACGAUGGGAUGUCAGGAGAGAGUAGUGGACAGGUUCACAAUUGACAGUAAUCUUCGCUGUAUUGUAGCGACGAUGCCCUUCGCUAUGGGGAUCGAAGUACCAGAUGUGAGAUAUAUUCUCCAUUGGGGACUCUCGAGUAAUAUCACUGACUACUGGCAGGAGAUUGGAAAAUGUGCUGUGGACGGAAAACCUGGCGUGGCGCUUCUAUACCCAGCUCCAUCCAUAGGACAUACCCCAACUUCAAGCCAGACCUUCAAACAGCUGGUUUUGGACAUUCAGGACGGGAAAGUUACCUGUAUGAGAGCAGCAUUUCUGUCCCAACUCUGGUUACCUGAAAUGGGAGUACAGCCUGUUCGUUCCGAUGCCAACUGUGAUGGUCUGUGUGCUGGACAAUGCAGAUGUAAUAAAUGCGUCUGCUGUUCUCUCUGCCAGAGUUCCUGUCCAUGUAGGAAGUAGUAAAGAAAACUGAUGUUCAUGUAUACAACAAACAGUACAUUGAAAGGUAGUUAAUGAACACACUGUAAGUUCAUUUGAGACAUGUGUUGUAACGUAAUUGUACAACCAUGGGCAGUUAUGUUGACGAUGAGAAAAUGAUUUUGGAAUUAGAAGAUAAGGAAAGGGCUUAUUCAGUGUAUUGACAAGCAGUAUGCACUAGUCUUCAUCGAUAAGGACAAAUUACUCUUAGUUAAUUAAUUUUAAGGGAGAAGGUGAGAUGAAAGGAAAAACUGAAACGACUAUCUCUGGAUGUGGGUACCGAUAGCUUUGCUUCGUCGGGGAGCGAUGGAUGGCUAACAAUAUACCGGAUGUGGGCUCUGGUAGCCACUAUUAGCGGCUUCCUUAGGGAGAGGCGGCUACCAACAUCUCUGGUUGUGGGUACCGGUACCCACUGUUGCUUCCUUGGGGAGAGACGGCCACUAACAUCCCUGGAUGUGGGUACCAGUACCCACUGUUUGUUUCUUCCUUGAGGAGAGAUGGCUACCUACACCGCUGGAUGUGGGUACUGGUACCCACUGUUUGUUGCUUCCUUGGGGAGAGAUGGCUAGCCACAUCUCCGAAUGUGGGUACUGGUACCCACUGUUUGUUGCUACCUUAAGGAGUAACAUGUCGCUAACAUCUCUGGAUGUGGGUAGUACCCACUGUUAAUUGUUGCUUCCUUGAGGAGAGAUGGCUACCAACAUCUCAGGAUGUGGGUACCGGUACCCACUGUUUGU